AACCUCUCAGCUUUUUCUUUUUUUUGUUCUCUGAUCAUCAGACCUGGUUCCUCACUGUGGACCCUCCCACAAAACAAAUCCCACUAGAAAACAAACCAUAUAAACAACCCCCCCUAAACAACCUCUCACUCUCAUUACUCGCAAGAAAACAGAAAUAAUUUCAAGAGAAAAUGGAGGUAAAGAGAGAGAGCAACAAGAGAGAAGUAAAGGAGAUUUACACAGUUUUGUUCACAGCUGGAACUGCUCUUCUGAUGGCAUGUUUGAAGAGAGCUGUGAUGUUGAUGCUGAUUGAGCAAUGGCGCUUGUGGGUCUUCCUUGUGCUCAAUCUUGUCCUCCUGGCGAUUUUCUUCACUUCAAUGCACUCAAUUUCAAGGGAUGAACAAACCCUACAAGGCCAUGGCAAUGUGCAGAGCAAAAAAGGCUAUGGUGGGUGUGAAAUUGUUGAAGAUAGGAGCGACAAUGUGAAGACUGAGAGAAUGAGAAGACAUAGACAAGAAUGUGUUGAAGUUCUUGAAGCUCAGAUAUUGACUGAAAAUGAACAGGAGGGUGUUGUUGAAGAAGAUUGUGAAGAGGGUCCAAGGCUUUCAAAGGAGGAGUUGAAUGAAAGAGCUGAAGCAUUCAUUGCAACAUUUAGGCAACAUUUAAUUUUAGAUGCAAGAAAAGGCAGAGACAUCAACAUUCAUAACAGAAGAGGUCUAAUUAAUAUUGAACUUUAAAUUAUUACUAGUAUAUAUUGAGAUUUUCCUUUUGACAUUGUAAUUUCAUCCAAAAUUUUGGAGCAGAAUUUGUGAUUUUGCUUUUCUUCUCUAGUUCAAGUCUCGAUUGUCUCUA